CAAGCUUCGAUUCUUGUUUUUAUAGAGUGUUACAGAAUCUUUCUGUGAAAUACCGAUGUGCUACUAACAUUCACUUAUUCUUUCUUUCCUGCACACAUCUAUGCUAUUCGAUCUCAUGUCAUGAUCCAGACGGGAAUCUAUUCGCGCCUGAAACCCCGAUAACGCGGCCUGGCACCAAAAACGGCAAGGAAAAAUGUCAAACAACGAUGACAUUCAGUGGCUGGAAAGCUACCUGCGCUAUGGCUACGACCCCGAGGUGCAGAGGUUUGAAGACAAUAAUAUGGCAUACUUUCAGGCAAAUCCGUACUUUGCCUUGCCCCCGCCGUCUCAAAUGUCCCACCCGUCGCCAGGAACGAGUCACGCUCGAUUUCAACCACCUUACCCUCAAGGUCGUCCAUCAGCGGAGAGAACCAGUGUGAGGCCUACCGGUGUUACUCCUUCCUCAGCACCCGCUCCUUUUCCAACACAAUCUCGCCCACCGCAUGCUCCACCUCGUUAUGCGCCUCCAUCGUCCGGCGCGCCACCCCCCGUGUCCCAGACGCAAGGCUCGCAGGUUCAUUAUGCUCCUGCCAGGGGACCCGAGUCUUAUCAGAACCUAGCGCAGCAAGCUCUCUAUCACUCGCAGCGGGCACCGUCUCCACGGCCUCAACAACCAACCCAAUCCUCUCCACCUACCACGACAGCAGCACCUACAGCACCUGCAGCAGCUGCUCCGCCGCCUACGAAGACAGCUCCGCCUCGGCCUCGAAACACAGGGUCUCCUCAAUUGCUUAACCCCACACAACCCCACCUGCCCAACAGCGCGGCCCCUCGCGCACCUCAGGCUGGCCCUCCAAGAGCCUGGACAACGAUGCCUGAUGGUAACAGAACGGCCUCGGCCUCUGCGCCCGGGCGCGCGCCUCCGCCGACCUCGAAGACAGUCCCUCCUGAGGCGCAGAAGUCUGUUUACCAUCCAACGCCUCAGCCGAUGCCGUCACCUUCGGCUUACUCCGCGCCUCCGCAAAAUCCGCCAGUAACUCAGGCUACCGGCGGACCCAACCAAGCUCCUACUGCUGGGUCUCACACGGCUCCUUCACAGGGCAGGCCACAAAACGGCCCAGUAGAUCAGAAUGCAGGCGGGCACAAUCAGAACUCUUCCGCCGCGCCUUACGGGGUAUCACCGCAGAGUCUGGUACGGAAUCCAGCAACAAGUCAUCAUACGGGCGGACCUUACCAAAGUUUAUCCGCUGGGUCUCAUGAGACACCAUCGCACGGUAUGCCUCAGAUGCCACAACCCGGAGGUCAACCAGCUUCUGCCCCGGCUCCUGUCCAGGCUUCUGCCCAGGCUCCUGCCCCGGCUCCUGCCCCGGCGCCCGGCCCAGCACCCGGCCCAGCACCAGGUACAGCACCAGGCCCAGCGCCUUCGCAAGUGAUCCCUCAAAAGCAGAAGUUCGAUGCGUUCACGAGUCAGGAGUCUGGAAAUCCUGCUAAGAAACGUCGCGUCGGACCUCCAAAGACAUCAAAGCCACCGGCGUCGUUUGCGUCCACGGGUGCCGCCCAUCCUCCAAUCCCGGCAGGUGGGCUGUCUGUCUACAGUUACUCUCCCGCAACUACCCCGGGGCUCAAAGUGAAGUAUCAUUUGAAACACCGCGCCGACAUUGUGAAGCCUAUAAAUGAAGCGGAUGCUGCUCGGAAGCUGGCUUAUGACCCUAAGACCAUUGCUAGAGAUGUUCUAAUUGCAUCCGGUCGUCAUCCAACUGAAGACGCUCUGAACCAUCACCUCUUCCGUCUACGGGAUGUGUUCACACAUGUGGACAACGGGUCAGACCUGGCGACAUUUCGAUGGGAUCUAGUAGAUUCGCAGGAGACACGUGACCAGGGACGGAUGGGCGCUCCCCUUCCGCCGUCCAACCGACUUUCCACGCCCAACCAACUUUCCGCGCCGCGUCCCGCGCCGCGACCGCCGCACCCGAUUCCUGCUCCGCCUCAUCUGAACUUCCCAUCAGCCCCAGUCCCGCCAGCAUCUGCGCAACCUCAGCAGGCACUGCCUCCGCAUCCAAAACCGCAAGUGCAGCCAUCGCAACCUCCUCCUAGCUCCCAAAUCUCCUUCCAGUCUCCUAGUCCGCAGGUCCAGCUUCCGCCCAGAAACGGUGUUCCUCCCUUGCAGUCCCCGUACACACCACUACCACCAACGCCGCAGCCGCAGCCGCAGUCACAAUCCACACCCAGGACACCGGCGAGCGCGAUGGUGGGCAAGCGGGGACCUGGUCGUCCGCCUGGGAGCGGCAAUAAGCCCAAGCAGCCGGUUACGGCGACGAGCGCACAACCGGUGCAGUACCAGGUUUUCGGCUGUCAGUGGACGGACUGUCGUGCUGAGCUCCAUAACCUGGAGGGGCUCAAGAAACACAUUUUCAAGGUUCAUGUCUCUCAGCAGCUGACCUGCGGUUGGAAGAGAUGCACACACCCGGAGCCCAUGCCUGCGGCGCUGCUCUUCAAGCACGUGAAGAAGGACCACCUGGAUUCUAUCGCGUGGAGGCUGGGCGAUGGACCAUCUGUGCCAAGACCUGGUGAAACCACUAGCGAAACAGGACUGUCUACGAUUCCUCAGAACGGUCGACCUGGCAUGGAUGACAUGCUUAUCUUCCCGGCGAGUGGUUCGUCGAUCCGAGCCUACCAUAGAGUUCAUGGCAAAACUACCCAGCAGCAAAAAGCGCAGGAAAUCCUCAAGGCCGUGCAGCGACUGAAAGAACAGAUCGGCGUGGGCUUGGACCCUGGGGGCUGCGAAUUGACCAACUUUGUGCGGAAUGAGCGACAGAGCACUGAGGAGGAUGUUUAUGAAGUGGUUGUCUAAGCCUGUGGUAUCUUCAUAUUACGGCAACCGGCAUUCUGCAUUGGGCGGUGUGGUUGGUCCCUUUCUCAACUUUUCUAGAGUUAUUCAUUCGAGAGCAUCGGUGUCGAGGCGUAGGUGUUCCGGUCGCUUUUUGGGAGUGUGUCCUGUGACUCCUACCCAGCUUUGGUUCGUCCCCAACCCGUCGCUUACCCCAGGAAACCACAACCUUGUACAUUGAUAUCGUGGGAAAGCUGGGAACAUCUGCAAGGUGAUAUACAUCCAUACAAUGCACACAUACG